AUGGUAGCUACCUAUGUUGCUUCGUUUCUUCACCUGCUGUUCUCGUACACGCUGCUACGGAUAGUCCCGGUGCAGCAUCUGUUCCUGUUUGAUCUAGUCGCAUUUCCAGUAUCACUGUUCCUCCUGUCGCGCGACAUUGUUGUUGACUGGUACCUCCCCACUACUGCUGCCAAGGCACAUCACACUCCUGGGGAUGUAGGCAAGUCAGAUGCCGCACCACGUCGUCGACUGUCAGACAAAGCCCUCUCAGAGAACGCCAAAAAGAGCAAGGCUGCAGAAGCUGGCGAGGCCGAGUCGAUGGCGGCAAGCGACAGCGGGUGUGGCAAGAACUCUGUCCACCUCCACGCGGACAAGGGGCUAUCGUUUGGCAAGAUCUUUUUGCUGGUUCUGAACCUGGUUUCAUUUGCGAUGGUACUGGACUUUGUCUACCGGCCCGUGCUGUAUCCUGGCGAUGAGCUGGUCGUGUUCCGGCCUGGCUACGUGUCACAUAGAUCCGCAAAGCUCCACAUUCGAUUCCCUGAACCAGACCGACAGCUCGAGGUCCGCUAUAAAGAGCUAUCCGGCGGGGACAAGGUGGAGUUUGCAGCCAAUACGCCAUGGGAAACCCACACCAUCCACCAGGCGCUGACGAACGAGACCGAUUAUACAGCGACACUGCUGAUCUCGAAUCUGAGCCCGUCAACAAAGUACCUGGCGCUAUUCCGCUUGAAACUGCACGGCACGAUGCAGAUUAAGACGGCGCCGGCUCCAGGGACGCCAAUGAAGUACCGGUUUGCCACUGGAUCCUGCAUCAAGCCCAAUUUCCCCUACACUCCGACAACAUCGCCUGAUGUGUUUGGCUUUGCCAAUAUGCUGGAGCACAGCGACGGCCUCGACAUGGUCAUGUUCCUCGGCGACUUCAUUUACUCCGACCUUCCCUUCUACUUUGGACCUGAGCCCGAGGACUACCGAAGGCUGUACCGGCAGGUGUACAUGACCAAAUCAGCACAGCGCUUGCUGAACAAGGUUCCCAUGCUUCACGUCUACGAUGACCAUGAAAUUGUCAACAACUGGCAUGAGCAGGACAAGCCACCCAUGGGCGCAGCAAUGCGUGCCUACCACGAGUAUAAUGGCAACCCGAAUCCGGAUCCGGUCGAGGCGCACCAUGCGUAUUACAACUUCACUGUCGGUAACAUUGCCUUCUAUGCCUGGGACACGCGCCGACAAUGCUGGGCAGCUGCGCAGAAACAGCAUUUCAUGCAGUGGCUGCAUGACGUGAAUCACACGGCAGCCGUUAAAUUUGUCGUCUCCUCGGUCCCCGUGACCGCUGGGUGGACCAACAUCGACUCGGACCACGAUACCUGGCGCGGAUACAUGACGGAGCGGGCUGAAAUCCUCAAUGUGACUCAAUACGUGCCCAAUCUGUAUUAUCUGUCAGGCGACAGACAUGAGAUGGCUGCUGUUGUGCUGCCCUCGGGCAAUGUCGAGUUCUCGACGUCGCCUGUGAGCCAGUUCACGUUCCCACUCAUCGGCGAAUUCAAGGAUGGCGAGUUUGGCGAGCAAACCCUGCAUUAUCGGAGGGCUGGGCAUGUGAAGUUUGGUAUUCUCGAUGUUGACACGGAGACUAACCCCGAUGCCCCCCGCGUUACAUACAGCCUCUACACUGCCGACGAGCAUGGUGCCAAGCGCCCGGCGUGGACGUACGAGAGCAACGGCGUGCCAUGGCGCUAA